GGGGUAUUCAUAGUUAGGACCGUCAUUUCUUAUUUCACGAUCGGAGUGUUCAGAGUUUAAUUUUUCACUUGUACUUUAUUACGUAAAUCGGUAAUGGCUCGUACAAAGCAAACUGCUCGUAAAUCGACUGGUGGGAAAGCUCCACGUAAGCAGCUGGCUACAAAGGCUGCUCGUAAAAGUGCCCCUGCUACCGGAGGAGUAAAGAAACCUCAUCGCUACAGGCCUGGAACUGUAGCUCUUCGAGAAAUUCGACGCUAUCAGAAAAGUACCGAAUUACUGAUCCGAAAACUUCCGUUUCAACGUCUGGUUCGUGAAAUCGCUCAAGAUUUCAAAACCGAUCUGCGAUUCCAGAGCUCUGCCGUCAUGGCUCUACAAGAAGCCAGCGAAGCAUAUUUGGUUGGGCUUUUCGAAGACACCAAUUUAUGCGCUAUCCAUGCCAAGCGUGUUACUAUCAUGCCUAAAGAUAUCCAACUAGCACGUCGUAUUCGAGGAGAAAGAGCUUAAGCUUAUAACCCAACUGAAUUUUUACAA